GCAAACUCUACCGGGCAAUGGCACGUGAAGCUAAGCAAAGCAACAUGGUGGAUGACACUUCAGAGGAGCUUAAGAAGUACUCAAAAUGGCGUACAUGGCUUUUCUCAUGCUCUUCACAUACAUCGUGUUGGUAAAGAUGGAACCGAGACCUAGUGUGCAAGAGUGGCUUGUUAUUAUUUACAUUUUCAGUACUGCCAUAGAAAAAGUCAGGGAGGUGUUCAUGUCAGAGACUGGAAAAUUCAGUCAAAAAGUGAAGGUGUGGAUUUAUGAAUACUGGAAUUUUACUGAUUCUAUAGCUAUCAUUCUGUUUAUGAUUGGUUUUGCCUUGCGCUGGUUCACCCCACCUGUUCAAACAGCAGGGCGACUACUUUACUGCUUGGAUAUAAUAUUUUGGUACGCACGGCUCCUUGAUCUUUUUGCUGUGAAUCAACAUGCUGGCCCAUACCUGACAAUGAUUGGGAAAAUGACAGCAAACAUGUUCUACAUUGUGAUCAUGAUGGCCAUAGUCCUCUUGAGUUUUGGAGUGUCACGAAAGGCAAUUCUUUCACCAGAGGAGCCUCCUUCAUGGUCUCUGGCACGAGAUAUUGUGUUUCAACCCUACUGGAUGAUAUUUGGUGAAGUCUAUGCUGGAGAAAUAGAUGUCUGUGAAUCCGACCAAAACUGUCCUCCUGGCUCCUUCCUUACGCCGUUCCUCCAAGCUGUGUACCUCUUUGUGCAGUACAUCAUCAUGGUCAACUUGCUCAUAGCUUUCUUUAAUAAUGUUUAUUUCGAUUUGAAAUCCAUAUCAAACAAGCUCUGGAAGUACAAUCGUUACCGCUACAUUAUGACCUACCAUGAGAAGCCAUGGCUGCCUCCACCUUUCAUCCUCCUGAGCCACAUUGGGCUCCUCAUCAACCGCAUCUUCCACCAUCAGCCCCCAAAUGAGUUGGACCAAGAGGAAGGCGAUGUUGGACUAAAGCUGUACCUGAGUGAUGAGGAGUUGAAGAAGCUGCAUGACUUUGAGGAGCAGUGUGUGGAAAAAUAUUUUCAUGAGAAGAAUGAAAGUUUGAACUCCAGUGACAGUGAAAGGAUCCGUGUGACCACCGAAAGAGUGCAGGAGAUGGUUUUGCAGCUGAAAGAAGUACAUGAGAAGGUAUUUUGUAUCAAGGAAUCUUUACUUUCCCUGGACAGCCAGCUGGGACAUUUGCAGAACUUGUCUGCCUUGACCGUGGACAUCCUGAAAGUGAUUUCGGUCGUAGACACCUUGCAAGUGGAAGAAGCCCUGCUGGCUGACACCAAGCACCGAGCCUGCAGGAAGCUCCCCCACAGCUGGAGCAACGUGCUCUACUCCAAGACGCUCAGCAGCCUGGAGGGUUUGCACGAUAAGAAGUACAACUACUACAGCAUGCCUCCAUCCCUCUUGCGGAGCUUGGUGAGGAGCCAGUGGUCGUCAGAGUGCCAAAGCCAUGUUCUGAGGGCUGAGGAUAGAAAGGCAGUGGAAGACAGCUCUCGGAAGACAGAAAUAGAGAGCGACACGCUUACUUCAGGGGUAUCUUCUGAGACUAAGUCGACUCCCAGAUAUGGACAAUUUUUGCUGGUUCCUCCUGACCAUCAAGGAGGGUCCUUCUCUGAGGAUGCUGAAUUAAAUUUGUCCUUUUCAAGCACUCCUGAUAAGUAUAGGGAAGUCACACUAGGGGACAAGCUACAAAGCAGUAUCAAAGCUCAGCAAAAUUUACAGAGAGUGCACAUCAUUAGAAAAGAACCAAAAGACUACCAGUGGAGCAAGGGAGAUUUUGCUAUUAAUUUACCAAGAGAAAAUACUGAUGACUUAGUGACUGAUCAUCCUAUAGGUCUGCAGCCAUUGCCAGCUCUUUGUGAGGAUGUGACACCCUCAUGUGAUGACAAGGAAGAAACUGAAGGUGGCUUUGUGAACUGGGGAUUCUCUGAAGGUGAUGAGAAAGGGGUUUUCAGCCCAAAGAGGAAAGAAAAGAAGCUUCUGUGCAUGCAUUCCACCUAUAACAGUGACUGCAAUUGCACUGAGAGUCCUCCCAGGCGCGUCCAGAUAAAAGAAUCACAGUCCUUCUCCUACAACUCUAACAAGUCGAGGUGCAGCAGUGCUGUCCCUGAGAACAAGCUGAAGUGCAGCACCUCCUUCUGGAUCAGCCCGCUCUGGAGGGACUGGAGUUUCCGCAGGAGCCACAGCUUGCAGUCUCGCAAGGAAGAGAAAAGAGAGAAAACCUGCAAGGCCAUAGGUGACUCUUCACUAUCUAGUGAGCUGCACCACAGUGAGGCAACAAAAUCAAAACAACGAAACAGGGACAGAAAGUCUCCAAAGGAAAAGAAGAAGCAAAAACUCCUUCAAGUGCCGGUGAUUACAGUGGAUGAUGUGUCCCCAGAACACCCCCUUGGAUGUCCUCAGAACACCCAAGUGAGCUCAGAGCCUGCUGAGGCCAACAUCUGGAGUGAAGAAGAGAAAUACAGCAAGAACUGGCUCACUGUGUCUAAUUUCAACCAGCAAAGUUUAGAACGUCUCAGGUACAUGCAGCAAAAAAUGAAAAAUCAGGAAGUUGAUAGGCAUACCGUGCCAGCCUGUGAUUACUUGAAGCAUUCUCGAGAGGCAGUAGGCAUGCUGCAUGUCUUCCAUCAGGACUUGCAGGCCCUGCAUAGCCUGAUUCUGUCAUUCAAUCUGCUGUCUUCAGUGGGAUCCCUCUGGUGUGAGAUACCCACCAUCGUCCUCAAUGAAAGCUACUUCACUGUUCAGGUUGAAGCCUUAACCUUUAGACCAGCUGUUGAAACAGUCUGCUUGUAG